AUGUAUGUGGAAUGCUUUGAAACAGUAAUGUUUUACUAUGUGAUUUUAGUGUAUUUAGUGAAUGUCACUUUUUCACAUUUUUAAAUUUACGGGGACAAAUUACUGUUGUCCCUGUACGUCCUGACGUUGCAGGGAACGGAACCCAGAAGACGGAUGCCGGCAUCGGCUGGAGGACAUUGCCUGGGACACUGCAGGAGGGACAUCGUGGGAGCGAAGGACAAGGUAAGUGAAGAAGAGAUCCUGGAGCAGCGCUGCAGGGUAUUCCCGAGUGUAGCUCGGGGUUACCACUUGUGCUACACUCGGGAAUACCGCCAGGGAGGUUAAGGGAA